AUGUCACAGCAGGCACAGUUCUUAAAAUGGUUUGAAGAACUAAACCAUGGGGCCGGCGAUCCAGGAACUUUAGGACUAGAAAUAUCAGACACAGUAGCAACAGGUGGUCGAGGCUUAGUCGCACGCAAAUCUCUUCCGUCGUCUGACAGCUAUCUACUUUCGAUUAAGGUGGAUGAUCCGCGCUUGGUUCUCACACCUCGUCGUUCUCAUUAUCUCCUUAACCAAUGUUCUUGUGGUUUUGAUGAGUUCUGGAAACCAACAGUUAAUGUAACUGUUCAGGAUCCGCAGGACGUUCUGUCUUUUGCGGAUAUCGCUUACGUUUCUAUCGAAAGCCCCAAAAUGGUUAGUAAACUCCAUCCUCUCUUGCCUAAGCCUCUGGUAAUCGCCUUUGAAUCACAGAUAGAGAGGAUGCAUUUUGCAUGGGCCUGGUCAGUUGUUAAUUCACGCUGUGUCUACGUCAAUCUUCGCCUCUGGGGUGGUAAUAAGUCCACACUUCCUCAUAUUUGUGAUUCUGAGCCUCGAUUUUUUUAUCGAAGCAAUGAGAACAUCGCUAUCAUUCCUUUCUUUGAUUUGUUUAAUCAUUCACCUGACGUGUCUGUUAGCAUUGAGGUCACAAAUGGUGUACUAAAGGUGAAGACAGACUCGUCUUAUCAAGCAGGCGAACAGGUUUUUAUCAACUACGGAAAACAUGAUAACCUCUUUCUGUUGUGUGAAUACGGCUUCUGUAUUCCCGGUGUCAAGAAUCCAUGUGACGUAAUCUAUCCUACCUUCGGGAACUUGUUAUCCAUUAGUGGAUCUAUCCAAAAGCUAAAUCUUAUUCUCUCAACUUUUCGACUGCCCUCAACUGGGGAUGAUGCAACGUGGAAAUCAGUCUACUUGACGAUAGAGGGACCAUCUUACUACCUUGCUUUGAUUCUCUUCGCUCUGUUCACAUCUGAUGAAACGAUUCCACCUUUGGGUGUUCUUUACAGCCUUGACGAAGAUGAUCGUUCUCCUUCUGUUCAGCGUGGUCUUCGGUUACUUCUGAACUGCCUUCUUGAAGAGACUGAAAGGGCGCUUGAAUCUGUGACCGCACUGGAUUGCCAUCAUGCAUUUAUUGACCUCUUGAUCACAUUACUCGCCUCAAGACGUGACCUGCUCAAGUCGACAAGAUGA